AUGUUCCCCCAGGGCAUCCAUCAGUACAAUGGGAUUCUUCAAUUGCUUCUUCAUUUUAGAUGGACAUGGAUUGGAGUAGUGGCAUAUCUCGAUGAUUACAACGGGGAGAGAUUUGUGCAGAAUGUACUUCCAUCAUUUUCCCAGAGUGGCAUCUGCUUUGAUUUCAUUCAAAGGCUACCCAAACAAGGAUUUUCUAACGCUAUUGAAACCCUUGUGGAAGAUGGGAUUAAAACAUACAAGAUCAUCAGCAGGAACACUUCCAACGUCUUAGUCAUACACGGAGAACUACAAACCAUGUCAGUUCUCGUCCUCCUGCUAGGAAUGCCAGAGUAUCUUGGCAUGGAGAAAUCAAAAGGAAAAGUCUGGGUGAUGACAGCUCAGAUGGAUUUUGUGUCUUAUUCUUUUAAAAAACCACAUGACAUAGAAUUCAUCCAUGGUGCUAUAUCCUUUGCGGUUCACUCAAAGGAUGUGUUAGGAUUCCAGUCCUUUCUUCAGACCAGGAAUCCCACCUCAGAAAAAGAAGAUGAUUUUCUCCAGAUCUUUUGGGAACAUGCAUUUGACUGUUCUUUACCCAAACCCAAGAUAGACAACAUGUCCGGGAGAGCUUGCACUGGGAAAGAGAAACUGGAAAGUCUCCCUGGGACUCUUUUUGAAAUGAAGAUGACUGCCCACAGCUACAGCAUCUACAAUGCAGUCCAUGCUGUAGCCCAUGCUGUGCACUUCAUGUCUUAUUCACAGUCCAAGCAGAGACAGAUAAGAAAAAAUGAGCAGCAGAAAAAUCUUCUCAGUCAAGUCUCCUGGCAGCUUCACUCAUUUUUGAGAAAAGUUUCAUUCAACAAUAACGCUGGUCACAUUAUUUCUUUUAAUCAAAAUGGUGAACAAAUAGUGGGAUUUGAUAUUCUAAACUGGGUAACUUUCCCAAACCAGUCUUUUCAGAGAGUCAAAGUUGGAAUGAUAGACCCACAUGCUUCUUCAAAAAGUGCAUUUCUCAUUGAUGACAGUCGUAUUGUGUGGCCUGUGAGGCUUACCCAGGGGUAUCCCCUUUCAUUGUGUAAUGAUAAUUGCCAAGAGGGUUAUAGUAAAACAAAGAAAGAAGGGAAGCCAUUUUGCUGUUAUGAUUGUUUUCCAUGUCCAGAAGGAAAGAUUUCGAAUCACGAGGAUGCAGAUACAUGUUACCCGUGUCUGAUAAAUCAGUAUCCAAAUCCUCAACGACGUUUAUGCAUUCCAAAAACUUUCAGUUUCUUAUCUCUUAAAGAACAUAUAGGGGUGUCUUUGGCUGUUCUGGCUCUUUUCUUUUCUUUCCUGACUAUCCUGGUUCUUUGGCUUUUUAUUAAGCAUCGAGACCUCGCAAUAAUCAAGGCCAACAACCGGAGCCUCACUUACCUUCUCCUGAUUUCUCUCCUGCUCUGCUUCAUCUGUGCUUUAUUGUUCAUUGGGCCACCAGAGAAGAUUACGUGUCUCCUUCGCCAAACCGCUUUUGGCAUCAUCUUCUCACUGGCGGUUUCUUGUAUAUUGGCCAAAACCAUCAUUGUGGUUCUGGCCUUCAUGGCCACCAAACCUGGUUCCAAGAUAAGGAAAUGGUUGGGGAAAAGGUUGGCUUAUUCCAUCGUCCUUUCCUGUUUGCUUAUUCAAAUGAUGAUUUGUACUACAUGGUUGACCACAGCUCCUCCCUACCCAGAUGCUGAUGUUCAUUCAUUGAAUACAGAGAUUAUACUGGAAUGUAAUGAAGGCUCCUCUGCCAUGUUCUCCUGUGUUCUGGGUUUCAUGGGAUUUCUGGCCAUUGUCAGUUUUACGGUGGCUUUUUUAGCCAGAAAACUCCCGGAUAGUUUUAAUGAAGCUAAAUUUAUUACCUUUAGCAUGCUGGUCUUUUGUAGUGUUUGGCUCUCCUUCAUUCCAUCCUACCUGAGCACUAAAGGAAAAUACAUGGUAGCCGUGGAGAUUUUUUCCAUCUUGGCCUCCAGUUUCGGGUUACUAGGAUGCAUUUUUUCCCCUAAAUGUUAUAUCAUUUUGUUGAACCCUGAUUUAAAAAUUGGAAGAUCUUUAACAAGAAGGAAUCAAUAA